UAGUUGCCUACUUGCUUUGCAUGUUACUCUUACAUGUUGCUCUUUUAAUUCAUUGUUUUUCCUAUUUAUUGUGCUCUUGCCGUUUUAAUCCUCAAUAAGACCACUCAAAUGUACCAAUAUACCCUUACCAAUCGCAAAUUUACUCCUCGUUCAUCCAUUCCCCUCCCAAACAAAACUGAUUUCUUUUUCAAUUUUAAGAAAAAAGAAAAUUUUAAUAUGCUUUGUUUUGUAGCUUUGUAUAUAUCUAUUGGUUGAGGAUUGCUUGUCACCUACUCUUCAGUUUACACACUCUCUCUCUCACGUAGAAAGAAAGGAAAGGAAGGAAGGAAGGAAGGAAGGAAGAGAAGAUUCAUACUCUGUUUUCAUUUUUCGGGUUUCCCUUCUCCCACCCCACCUCUGUUUUCUCAACGAAAAUUUCUUAUUUUUCUUGGUUUCAGCAAUGGACAGGCACAAGUGUAAGCUCUGCUUCAGAAGCUUCUCCAAUGGCAGAGCUUUGGGAGGUCAUAUGAGGUCCCAUAUGAUGAACCUUCCAGUCCCACCCAAAGGAGAAGAUGCAGCAGCGGCGGCGGCGGCGCAUGGGCAGCUCAGUGAAGACGGCGACUCUGCUUCUUUCCUGUCCUCCCCCUCAUCCUCGGAAGGCGAUGCAGAGGAAAAGGGUGCGUCUUAUGGGCUAAGGGAGAACCCAAAACGAAGCAUUCGAGUGGUAGAUCCUGAAUUCUCAUUCGCCGUCGACGCAGGUUCGGUGGUUCUGCAGGACCGGGAAAGCGAAACAGAGUCGUCAAAGAACCCAAAUCGGAGAAGAUCGAAGAGGACUCGGAAACCCGAUCGCCGCCACCACCACCACCACCAGCAGCUCCAUAAUCAUUACAAUGUUUUUAAACGCCUGGAGGAGAAGAAGGUGAGGCAGCCGGAAUCGUGGACGGAGGUGGAACCAGUGAGUUCGAUCUCGGGUAGCACAACGGAAGAAGAUGUUGCGUUUUGGCUGAUGAUGCUUUCUCGGGAUAAAUGGACGAAGCAGCAAGGUAGGUAUGAGGAGGAAGAAGAUGAUGAGGAAGACGAAGACGAAGACGAAGACGACGACGAAGAAGAAGAAGAAGAAGAGGAAUUAGAAGAGUCGAUGGAAGAGACGGAUGAUUCGGAGGCGAUGAAAUUCGCAAAGAAUAAUCGAAACAGAGGGAAUUACAAAUGCGAAACAUGCAACAAAGUGUUUCGAUCGUAUCAAGCACUUGGUGGGCAUAGAGCUAGCCAUAAGAAAAUUAAAGUGUCCGUAAGUUACAACAAUCCCCAGUUGGGAAGGGAGCAUGAAAAUGCAGGUACAACCAAAAUUCACGAGUGUCCUGUUUGUUUAAGAGUUUUUUCUUCGGGGCAAGCCCUGGGGGGGCAUAAGAGAUCUCAUGUCACCGCUUACUCAAUUCCCCCAAAGACCACUCUACAGAAAAAGUUUCCCGACAGUUUGAUAGAUCUUAACCUCCCCGCUCCUUUCGAGGAAGACGAUGUUAGCCAAAUCGAACUCUCCGCAGUUUCUGAUGCGGAUUUCGUCAACGCCAUUAGGCAAUAAACACAUACGUACCCUUCUCCUCCUACAUAUAUAUUACUAUCGAUCAAAUUCUCUCCACAUCAGAGGUAACGAGAAAAAGAAAUUUUUGACCUUUUAUUCAGUUCUCAUAUUCAUAUUCAUAUUCAUAUUCAUUGACACAUCAAUUCUCACUCCAAACUUUGUUGGUUUUGACUAUUCAUAUGGUUGAAAGUUUCAUUACAUACA